AUGAGCAUUUCGCAAAGAUGCAAGAAGGGUGUUGAACGUGCGUUUGGUGUCCUGAUGGCUCGUUUUAGUAUUUUAAAAAAUCCGGCAAGAUUGUGGCAUAAAGACGAUUUGAAGGUCAUCAUGCGUGCAUGUAUAAUAUUACACAAUAUGAUAAUCGAAAGCGAACGAGACGUUGAGAUAGCGGACGAAUUCGGAGACGUUGCGUUCAAAAUGGGUCCCGAAUCAAGUUUUCAAGAUUUUCUGGAUCGCCAUAGCCAGGUUUAUAAUGCAGACCUGCAUCACCAACUACAGGACGAUCUCAUCGAAGACCUGUGGAAAAUGAAGGGAGUAGAAGAAUAG